CUCAGGAGCGAGCACAGGAAGUGUUCUGAAGACUCCAGUUUGCGUUUGCCAUGUGCUUCCGCUGGCGAUUUCCGGCCUAAAACCAAACGAGAAAUCUGCAAAAUCAAACCAUCUUCUCCACAAGGUUUUCUUCUUAGAUAUCAUAUUCUGCAGGGUAUAAAAACGUCGUCAUUGCAACAACAGAGUGAAUUUGGUAUGAAGGAGAAUGAAAAGUUAUCUCUGGUUGACCUUGGCAAGAAGUUGCUAGAAGCUUCGCGAAAAGGCUUGGACGAUGAAGUCCAGAGCUUGAUGCAGUCUGGUGCGCCUUUCACUACAGAUUGGCUUGGUACAUCUUCACUGCAUCUUGCAGCACAGCAUGGCCAUGCUAAGACAGCUGAGGUGUUGCUGAGGGCAGGUGUUAGCAGAGAUGCAAGAACAAAGGUUGAUAGGACGCCUCUUCACAUGGCUUCACAGAAUGGUCAUCUGGAAAUAGUAGAGCUGCUUCUUUCUUCUGGGGCGUGUGUCAACAACAGAGAUAUGUUAAACAUGACACCUCUGCACUGGGCUUGUGAAUAUAAUCACAGUGAGAUCAUCAAGGCUUUGCUGGAGUCUGGUGCUGAGACCGGAGUGGUCAGCAAGUUUGGGAAGACUCCUCUGGAUAUUGCUAGAGAGAAGUGUGGUGUGACAGAAAUCGCUAUACUUAGUGCUGGACAGGAUGAGUCAGCAGAGUCUAGAAUGGCAGCUAGUGGAUUGGGGAAAAGGCCAGCAGACCGUAUGAAUGUCACAUCAAACAGUAUCAAAAAGAGACAGAGAACAAAGAAGUUCCCUAUGACUGCAGGUUCCUGGACAAGUAAUGAUGGACCACCAGAGGGAGGAAAGGCCAGGAGAAGGACAACAAUGCCAGGGGUACUACCUAUCAAUUCAGCAAUGACUAAUGGGAGGCGGUUAUCAGGGCCGGCACAGUAUCCCAAUGCAGGGUCACCAUCAUUGAGAAGCCCUACAGAAAACUCAAUCGCUUCACUAGUGUCUGCCGCAGAGCUUGUCAAGUCCAAGUCAGAGGGAGCAGCCAGCAACAAAGGCACGUCAGCUACCACUGCUCAGGAUUCCAGUGUACUGGACACGCUAGCAACCCUGGCAACAGCUACUCUUAGCCACAACACUGGACCAACACCCUCAACAUCAAUGCAACAGGCAACUUCUCUUGCUGGAAGAAUCAGUGUUACACCACUCACUCUGUCUCAGAACACCAUAUCUUCCUCUCUUAGUGGUCUAAGCACUCCCCUCACACCGUCCAGUCUCCUACAAAUGCCCUCUCCACUGGCUGCACUAUCUGCCUUGUCUUCACAAACGUCUCCUCUACCCAACAUAGCCAUGUCACCUUUGGCAUUCCCUAUGCCCAUCAAUAUUGGCGGACAUCAAGUUUUGAUGACAGGGACACAGCUUGUGUCAUCUCUAGCUCAGCAAGGAACCUUCCCCUCUGCAUCCAUCACCACAGCUAAUGAAAGUUCCAUGGCAACCUCCUCUACCAUGGCAACAUCUGAUGUGGUGUCCAUGGCUACCAACACAUCCCAAGGGUCCUUUUCACAGACAAUGCUACCACCACAGUUUGUGACAUAUACAAGUGGCCUUGGGCAAGGUCAGCUACCUCCUGGUGCAACUUUCCUGACACAAAUUCCACAUGGUAUGCUUGUUGACUACACUGCGAUUGCCAACAAAGACCAAGCAGGGCAACCAAAGAGUGAAGCAGAAACAAGUAAAGCCCAGGAUAUAAACGUUGGAAAAGUUGAAGAUCAAGCAGCACAAAGCUCUCAAGAGAUGACGGUUACAUUUCAAAUGCCACAGAACGCCCAGGGCAUUUCCCAACAAGUGUUGGCAGAGCAUGGCUUUACCCUCCAGCCAGUCCAGAUUGCUGUACCAUCAUCUGGACAAGACAGCAAUACUUUGACCCAGACACAAAUAUCUGACACUACAAGUGACGUCUCUACGUCAGCCGGUACCCAAGUAGUACAGGUGCAAGUGCCAGCUGGCCAGUUGUUCCACAUACCUACAUCAGCAGAGCAGAUGUCACAGCUCCAGCAGAACCUGAUUCUGAGCCAAUCAAUGGCCGGCAUGCCGCAAGUAGUCAUCAGCCCCCAAAAGAUACCCGGCUCGCCAGCACAGGCCAUGAACACGACGUCGUCGCAGCCUAGCCCAGGCCAGCCGCGCGUGACACAGGCACACCAGCAGCAACAGAUCUCCCAACAACUUCUACAACAGUCUGUACCACAGGGUCUCCUUCAGCAUAACUAUGUUACCCCAGUUCCGCUAUCCGCAGACCAUCAGCAAACAGGAGCACUACCCCAACAGCUAAUUCUCCAAGUACACGAGGAUUAUCGAAAGCUCAUGGAGCAGAAACAAGCAGAGGAGGAACGCUGUCGUAAAGAACUGGAAGAAAAGCUCCAAACUCUAGAACGCGACAGUCACAAGUAUCGCACCGAACUUGAACUGGCACAGAAAACAGCGGAAACAUACAAAGAUAAGCUAGAGGCAGAGGCGCGCGAGAGGGCGCGGCUUAUGAUGAUGUACGAGUCGCCCAAAAAGGAGGAGAUUAAGGAAGAUCAUCUCACAGAGAGCAAGGCGGAUGCCUGAGAAAAGUGUGAAUAAUAUCAGGUUGUACACGUACUCUUGAUGAAAAAGCCUCCAACAUCGCUUGUUUGCUUUGUUGAGGCCUUUGUAUGCAGGAUACUAUUGUGUACACAAAGCUGUACCAUACAUUUUAUCUAUACAAGUACAUGGGGCAACGAACUAUUUAACUGCAGUGAUAUUUCUAUUAGCGGUCACCCUCCGUUAAGAAUCACGUUGAGUCCCAUAGUAUCGACUCAAUGUAAUGGUUGACAUCAAGGUGGCCUCCUGAUAGGAUUAACAGUGCAUCAUGUUUCAUAAGAGCAAGUCUUUUCCACUCUUACCUUGCGCUUCAAGCGCCAGUUGAUGAUGAGCCCCCAAAUGGAUAUCUUAUUUAUUACCUGAUUUUACAUGUACAACAGUGUCUGUGACGAACGCACAAAGUGUGGUAGACUUUCUUGACACUAUCAUUGCUAGGCGGGCAGACCUAGUAUCCAUUUUAAUUUAUAAGUGGCCUUCAAUGCUAGAUUUCUAAAAAAAGUACUUUCUCUGCGAUUCGCUUUUAGAAGCGGAAAUUAUAUGGAUAUAGACAAAUUGUAUAAACCAACCCUAUAUAUAUAUAAGUAUGUUAUUGGUAUUAAAGUGAGUGACGUCGGAAA